AUGGCAGGGAAACAUCUGGAACCCCUGGCAGUAGUUGGCAUAUCUCUUCGCUUUCCCGGAGAGGCUGUCACACCUGAGGCCUUUUGGGAACUGAUCCUAAGUGGCAGAGCUGCAGCAAAGGAGGUUCCUCCAGACCGAUAUGACGUUGAUGCAUGGCACAAUCCAGACUACAGUCACUUGGACAGGGUGUCUCAACGGAAAGCGAAUUUUCUGGAAGGGGAUAUUGGCCAUUUCGAUGCAGGCUUCUUCUGCAUCUCUGCUGCGGAAGCCGAGGCGAUGGACCCACAACAGCGGCUCGCCCUCGAAACAGCGUAUCAUGCUCUCGAAAAUGCAGGAUAUCCCAUUGAGGCAAUUACUGGAGCAAAGAUGGCUGUUUUUACCAGUGCAUUUGAUCUUAUGACCUUGCCAAAAGGUCAUGCUACUGGGACUUCUAUGAAUAUGCUCGCGAACCGAGUGAGCUGGUUUUUCAACCUCAAAGGCCCAAGUGCUAAUGGAAUGGCAAUCGGCUGUAAUGCAAUUCUCGGCUUGGAUACCGUUCUGGCCCUAGACAACCUUGGCAUCUUGUCCAAAGAUGGUCGAUCGUACAGCUUCGAUCAGAGGGGCAAUGGAUAUUCUCGCGGAGAAGGAGUGGGGGCUUUAAUCGUACGCCCACUAAGUGAGGCUAUUAAAAAUGGCGACACCAUCCGAGCUCUCAUUCGGUCCACUGGCUCCAACCAAGAUGGCAAAACACCUGGUAUAACGCAGCCUAGCAUGGAAAGGCAAGAGGAUCUCUAUCGGGAUACAUAUGAGAGAGCUGGCCUAAGCUUGGAUGUUACUCGAUAUGUCGAGGGCCAUGGAACAGGAACCGCCGUAGGCGACCCCAUCGAGGCUCGAGCCAUAGGCAAUAUCUUUCGUCCACAUCGCAGCUCAGACGAACCGGUCUACCUUGGAUCCGUUAAGUCGACCAUUGGCCACCUUGAAGGCGCAAGCGGAGUAGCCGGGGUUCUCAAGGCCAUCUUAGCGGUGGAGAAGGGAAUUAUCCCACCCAAUACAGACCUCCAGACUUUGAAUCCUAGGAUAGACGAGGAAUUCUUGCACGUGAAGGUCCCUCGGAAGGCUAUUCCAUGGCCUGUUGAUGGUAUCCGAAGGGCUUCCGUCAGCUCUUUUGGCUUUGGGGGCACCAAUGUUCACAUAGUCCUAGAUAACGCAUCAACUGAGCUCGUGAAGAAUGACCUUAGGCUGCAAGCAACCAUCAAUGGGCCAGCUAUUCCCACACUCGGGCGGACAGUGACAAGGUCGUCGGAUAUGGCAAGACUGCUUGUGUGGUCUUUCGCCGACAAGGAAGGUAUCAUGCGGUUACAGGAGACUUGGAAGCCUUUCUUUGCUGGUCUCAAUAUCGAACCAGAAGAACGCCCUCGCUACCUGUUCCGUCUAGUACACACCUUAUCUGCAAGGAGGUCGUGCCUUGAAUGGCGAGCGUACGCUGUUACUCAAACGAGCGACGAUUGGGCAACGAUUCCUGACAGUGUAGUUUCCCCGGGGCAAUCUAUUCCCUCACCCAAUAUAGCUUACAUAUUUUCUGGGCAGCUUACGACAUACUCGACCUUCUAUAACAGCAUCCAGGCAGCAAACGAUUAUUUACAAACCUUAGGGUGCCACUGGAACCUGUUGGAUGCUCUGCAGAAGAGUGAAUCGGAAUCUCCAAUUAACCUUACGGACCACAGCCAGACCUUAUGCACCGCGUUGCAGGUUGCACUCGUUGACCUCCUUGGGCAAUUCGGGAUUGUUCCCAAAAAGGUCGUUGGACAUUCUUCCGGAGAGAUCGCUGCUGCAUACUCCACUCGCGCUAUCUCUCGACGUGAUGCUUGGAGAAUUGCUUUCUACCGAGGCCUCUGGAGCAGCAAUCUGGAAAAGCACAGCUACGUGCGAGGACGUAUGCUUGCUGUUGCACUGAGUGAGAAGGAAGUCCUUGCAUACUUUGACAAAGUCACCAAAAACCAUGUCCUUCUCCGGCUUACCGUAGCCUGUAUCAACGGCCCCAACAGCACCACUAUUUCCGGCGAAGAAUCGCAGAUUGAGGAUCUCAAAUCUCUCCUUGACAAUGACCAGAUAUUCUGCAGGCGAUUAAAGGUUAAGGUAGCCUACCACUCGUUUCAAAUGCAUGAGAUUGCAGCUCAGUAUGAGGCAGCCAUCGGGCCACUUGAGAAAGUGGCCGAUCAAUUUGAAGGCCACGAAACACUACAAACAUCAAGAUAUUGGGCGCGCAACUUGGUGUCACCCGUGAAGUUCUCCGAGGCCUUGAGCGUGGCAUGUGCAUCCACUACUUCACCCCCGGAUAAACUCGAUGGCAGUCAUUGCAAGUCCCUGCAGGUCCAUCAUCUGCUAGAAAUCGGUCCACACUCGGCACUACAGGGGCCUACCAAGUCCAUUCUUGCAGAGCUGAAGCGCACCUCAGUCCACUAUCUUUCCGUUCUUAAGCGCAACGUGGCUGCUACAUCAACACUGUUAGAUGCAGUGGGAUAUCUAUGGGCAAGUGGCCAUCCAGUUGAUUUGGCCGCUUUGAAUCAGGACUCCCAGACAAUGUCAGGGAGGAAUCUUCUCUGCCUUAAUAACUUACCGGAAUAUCCCUUCAACCACAACAAGUCCUAUUGGCAUGAAAGCCAGAUCAGUCGCAAUAUCCGCAGGCCCCCGUUCGGCAAACACGAACUUCUGGGCACGCCGGAUCCUUGCUGGAACCCACUUCAGCCCCGUUGGAGGCAUAUUAUCCGGACUUCCGACACACCUUGGGUUCAGGAUCAUCAGGUAAAUGGGUCAGUGGUGUACCCUGGCGCGGGAAUGAUCCUCAUGGCGGUCGAGGCGGGGAAGCAGCUUUGUCGAGACGGACGCCAGAUACACUCCUUUGAGGUACUCGAUACAACCCUGCAUGCAGCCAUUCAAAUCCCAGGACAUGGCGACGUGGAGACAAAUUUCUCUAUGCAGCCCGUGAGCAGCAUGCGGGCCGAAAAUUCCGACUUCUUCGAAUUCGGCCUCUAUACCGCCCUAGGGUCAUCAUGGACGACAAAUUGCACAGGCUCCAUCCGUGUGACAUAUGAAACUCAAGAACCAGACCCGGUCAAGAAUAACCAGGUUCAACAGCGGAUUGACACACAACUUCGGCAAACACUGGUGCAAGCCCAGCAAAAGUGCGGGUCAACGGUGGAUAUCACUAAGAUCUACGAUAAUCUGAGACAAUAUGGGUACGAAUAUGGUGAAAGCUUCCAAGGAAUUACAGCUCUUUCCUACAACCAGGAAGAUGGUAACACUGAUGUGGGAUCUAUUCAUCAUCGCCUAAUUACACCCCCUUCAACACUUCACCCGACUGCUCUGGAUGCAAUGUUUCAGACAUUGCUAUGCGUCAAUGCAGGAUGUGGAGCCAAAGCCGUCCCUACCUAUGUCCCGACACACAUAAAGAGGCUACAGGUUCUGAAGAACGGGUUGCCUGGUGCAUCAGAAACCUUCAAGAUCCUGGCACAGGGGGACUUUGCGUCCUCAACUGAGGUAGUCGGCUCGAUCACCGCAUUCGGAGCCGAUUCUCAGCAGCCCAUCGUUAUUGUUGAUGGGCUCAAAUGCACAUUGCUAGAUAACGUUCGGUCCAGCAGCGAGGUAUCCACAACGGGUGGGACACUCUGUUCCGAAAUUGAAUGGAAGCCGGAUGUUCGUCUUGUUGAAAACGCUGCGAUAGAAGAAUACUGUCGGGGGAGGUCGUCCGAGACUCCCUCUCGUGAUCUCCUUAUCGAGCUUGAUUUCGUUGUGCUUGCUCGUGUAUUAGAGGCCUACCGGUUAUUCACUCUCCAGAAGAAACAGCCCGCGAAGCCUUACUUGAAGAAAUACCUUCAGUGGGCCGCACACCAAAAGGAUCGUCUGGAUAAUAACGAACUGGUGUACUCUUCAGAUCAGUGGAAGAGUCGGUUACAAGACUGGAAAUAUAUUCAUGACGUUGAGAGCCGCUUGCUCGAGAAGGCGCCAAUCUCCAGGCUUCCUGUUAAUGUUGGGCGAAACCUGUUGGAUUUCCUCACCGAUGCCCUAGAUCCGCUGGAGUUCUUCUUCUCCGGUACCAUGGUCGAUGACUAUUACGAAGGCACUAUGGCUGUGGCCGACUUCGGGACAUCACUUCCAAGGUUUAUGGACCUCAUGGCUCAUACAAACCCUGGAAUGAACGUCCUUGAGGUAGGUGCCGGGACUGGGGUUGCCACUGGAGCGUGCCUAAAGGCCCUGGGAGCUUCUGGACAUCCUUCCGGCUCCAGGUAUACUAGAUGGGAUUACACCGAUAUUUCACGCUCCUUCUUCGGAAAAGCCUCUACCAGAUUUGGACAAGAGGGGUCGCGAAUGCAGUUCAAGAAGUUAAACAUCGAGGAAGACCCGGAGGAACAGGGGUUCGAAGCUGGAAGCUAUGAUAUGAUCGUUGCUGGAUGGGUUGUACAUGCGACCCAUAGUUUGGAACGCACAUUGAAUAACAUACGGAAGCUCCUUAAGCCUGGGGGGAAGCUCGUGCUGGCUGAGGUGACGAACCCGUUUCGUUCUGCGGCGUCCUUCGGACUUCUCGAAGGGUGGUGGCUCAGCUCCGAACCUUACCGUGUCUACGGGCCUUGUGUUGACAGAGCACGCUGGCAUAACGUACUUCAAAGAACAGGGUUCACAGGCUGCGACAUCUAUCUCCCCGACUUCGACGGCCAAAGUUUUCAGGAGCAUGCCGUCUUUGUCUCAACCGCCCAGCAAAUCCACGAGCCUUUGAGCUGGCACCCUAGUAUUGAGAUCGUGUACGAACCAAAUGAGGCAAAACAGCUUGAUCUUGCUAGGUUCCUCGAGCAAGAAUGUCAGUCCCGUUUGAAAUCCCGCGUGGCUUGCGUGUUGGUGAACCAGGCCUCCACUGAUACCCAAGACGUGCUCCGAUCCCUAUGGGCUGUGCUCCAGAAGCUCUUCACCUCUUCUGCAACAACAUUGUGGGUGAGCAAAGGAAGUGAUACCUUUGCGACCAACCCGAACCUCCACCUAAUUGAGGGUAUAUUCCGGGUUCUAACUCACGAGGACGGACGCCAGAACCGAUAUAUCUUUAUUCUACAUCCUCCGGCACAGGGACUGAAUACUGAAUACACUGUGCGAGAUGGCAUGAUAUUGAAUCCGCGGCUCACUGAUAGUGCGCAGCUCAACGAAGAGGUGUCACUGCAGUUAUCGGAUCAAAUUGAGUGUGAACGAAGAUUCGGAGAUAUUCCACUGUGUUUGGACUCAAGCAGUUCGAGCAUUUCGGAGGGCUUCCGAUUUAUAGAGGCCAAAUCCACAAUGGACCUUGGAGACACAGAGGUCGAGCUUGAGAUUCAUUGUGCUGGUCUAAAUUUCCGCGACAUCCUCUUAUCGUUGGGGCAAAUCCCUUACGCGGAAGCCUGGCAGGAAGGUGCUGGCUUGGUGACCAGAGUUGGUAGCAAGUGUACCAGAUCUAAGCCAGGUGACCGAGUAGUAGGGUUUGUUCCCCAGCCAUUCCAGGCUCGAACUAUAUUCGGCGAGGACACUCCGGUGGUACACAUUCCGCCGAGGAUGUCGUAUGCCGAAGCAGCAGGAAUCCCAACGAGCUUCCUAACAGCAUGGUUCUCACUCAUAGAAGUGGGACGCAUCAGAGCUGGAGAGACCGUUCUCAUCCACUCUGGUGCCGGUGGGACAGGGCAGGCCCUUAUCCAGAUAGCCUUAUACCAUAAGGCGGAAAUAUAUACUACCGUUGGGACGGAGGAGAAGAAGAAAUUGAUCAUGGAGAGAUACCCUAUCCCCGAAGGCCAUAUCUUCUCCAGUCGCUCCACUGAUUUUGCCCCAGCGAUUAUGCAAAUGACCGACGGAAAGGGUGUGGACAUUGUGGUGAACUCUCUAUCCGGAGAAGGCCUAGUACAGUCCUGGGAAUGUACCGCGCCCUAUGGGCGGUUCGUUGAAUUGGGGAAGAAGGACAUUUUGGCAAAUGCCAAACUACCAAUGAGACGAUUCUUGAAGAACGUUACUUACAGUUGCUUUGACUUGGCACUGCUUCAGCAGGAUCAUCAACGCGUGUCUCGUGCUGCUUUAGAGACGGUUAUGAACCUGAUGGACGAAGGAAAGUUAAGCCCGCAGGAUCCAACCCAUGUGUAUGGUGUCGGUGAGAUAGAAAAGGCGUAUCGACACAUGCAGUCUGGCAAGAACUAUGGUAAAAUCGUGAUAGAAAUGCGUAAGGAAGAUAUUGUCAAGACAUUGCUGAAAUCGAAACCGAAUUCUUCCUUCGACUCAAACGCGACAUAUGUGGUCGCGGGUGGUCUAGGCGGGCUCGGUCAGAGUAUGCUUACAUGGUUGGUCGGCAGGGGGGCUCGGAAUCUCCUCCUUUUAUCCCGUUCAGGCGGUAAAGGCGCCGAUGCCCAAGAGUUCCUCAGUCGACUGAAGGACGAUGGCGUCAACGCUCAAGUGCGCGCCUGCGAUGUGGCGGACGAGCGUGCUCUGCGUGCAGCAAUUGACGAGGCCGCUUCACACAUGCCCCCAAUCAGGGGCUGUAUCAAAGCCGCGAUGGAUGUCGGGUUUGAAGACAUGAGUUAUAGUGACUGGCAAACUGCCGUCAACCCGAAAGCCCAAGGAUCCUGGAACCUGCACAAGCUCCUCCCCCGUGGACUUGACUUUUUUAUCAUGCUUUCUUCCAUGAACGGGAUAGUUGGGCACGUAGGCCAGGCCAACUACGCAGCAGGAAACACAUUUCAAGACGCACUGGCACACCAUCGAGUACAGUGUGGUGAGAACGCCGCCUCCCUGGAUCUUGGGCUCUUCACAUUCACAGGACGAGUUGCACGAGACCCCAGACUCCUCAAGAUCAUGCUUGAUGUCUUCCCACACAAGCCUAUCACAGAGCCUGAGUUCCACGCGCUACUUGAUGUCUACUGCAACCCGACGCUCUGCAAAGAAAGAGGCCUUCCAUGCCAACCAUCGUUCGGGAUGCGACCACACGAGGGCGCAACAACCAAAGCCUACUGGCUUGAAAGGCCUAUGUUCCGCUACAUGGCUCAGCAGCGAUCCUCGGAGGGGCAUCGUGAGCGGCAAGGCCAGUCCAUCAAUCUUGCUUCUGCAUUCCGAGAGGCAGGGUCAAUGGCUGAUGCAACCGCUGCGGUGACCAAGGCCCUGACCGUCAAGCUGGCAAGGACCUUGUCUGUGGAGGAAGGAGGCCUGGAUGAUAAUAAGGCCCUGCAUCAAUAUGGUGUCGACUCGCUAGUCGCUGUAGAACUGCGGACGUGGUUCUCCAAGGAGGUACAGGCGGACGUUGCUACGUUUGAUAUUAUCGGUCGCGCGACGAUUACUUCCUUGGCUGGGGUUGCUACGAGUCGGAGUAAGCUGCCUCGGGGUUGGUCCUGAUUGAAUAUAUUUCGUCACCAACUUGGCCAUUAGCUAGGCUUGCACGAGGGGAUAUCUGGGAGCCAGUCAUGUUAUUAUCGCAUUGAACAUUACAUUAUGUUAUCCGCG